GGGGCUCUAAGCCCAGAAGGAGCCUGCAGGGGCGGGCUCCCUUUAGGCCGUCGCGGUCAGCGGCAGGCGGGCCCAACCCGGCGCCAAGCAGAGCCGUUCCGCGGCGCCCACCACAAAGCCCAAACAAGCGACGGGAUUUCGGCCAGAGCGCCGUAGCCGAUUCCGGGCACCGUAGUUAAGCAGCCAACGCCCGGUCGGCCCUCCCCGCCAUGGCCGAAAUGGGAGGGGCAGCGGAAGAGGCCGCCGGCCAGAGCUCUGGACGGGACCCGUGUCACCCUCCCAGGAAGCGGCCGGAACCCCGCGCUCCCCCGCGCUUGCUGGCGUGCCAAGAGGCCGGGCGCGGGCGGCGCUUGGGCAAGUUCUGGAGGCGCCGGAAAGCCCCUCGCGCCUCUCCCGGCUGGGCGCCUUUCGCUUUCGGCCGAGGCGGAGGGCUGGCGAUGGCGGCGGGCGAGCGGAGCGGGGGCUCCGACCGCCGUUUCGCCCAGAGGCGCAGCCCGCUUCUGCUGCUGCUGCUGCUGCCGCUGCUGCUACCCGUCCGGCCAGCCCUGGGGAACGAGGGGGGAGCCUCCGGGAGCUGCCGGUGUGAGAAAUUCAGCACCGAGCCGGCGCUGGUCAGGCGGUUCCCCGACCGUCUGGUGACCUGGGAGCGCUGCAGGGGCCUGAUCAGGUUCAUCUUUCCGAAGAAUCUGGUGUGUGGCUUGGACGACGCGCCCUGGGUGCUCCGGCUUAUCUCUCGGAAGAGGGACAUGCGGGAGGGGUCUGCCAAGGUCAGCUCCUCUGAGAGGAGUUCCCAACCCAGCCCCAGCAGCCGUGCCCCACUUCAGCCUCUGAGCUCCAUGGGGUCAACCCCGGUGGUUCCGAUGGAGACGCUACCGUCACAGCUGGUGCCGAGGGAGACUCCGCUGUCACAGCGGCUGCCGGCCUUGACCCACACAACAGCCGUCCCAGCCCUAGAAAGUGUCUGGAGCGUUGUGCCGCCCAGGAAUGGUGCCGUUGCUGAGGUCAGCCCCACCCGGUUUGGCCAAGAGGAGGGUGUGCCAGGGUGGCACCAGACUGCUGUCCUGUCUGCGCUGGGCAUCGUCCUGCUCCUCGUGAUCGUUGGUCUGCUGUGCUGGUGGAGGCCCCCCAGGAGAGGCUGUCAGGCAGCCCUGACCUCUGAGCAACAGGUGUGGAUGUUGCAGAGACCAGGAGGGGGGCCCCACUUACAGGCCCAGAACAGAUCCAGCCACUGGCUCAGGCUGGGGAGGCUGAAGGGAACUGCAAAAGGGAACUGCAUCCUGUGGAUUCAGGAACGUCCUCCCUUCAACUGUGGCUGACGCUGUUCUUGUGGACCUUUCACUUUUUCUUCUGACAAAUAAAAGUAUAUUUUUGUAGAAAACGUAA